AUGGCCAACGGGUACCUCCAUGAUGACAAGAAGUCAGGACUGAAGGUUUUGGUUGUUGGUGCUGGUAUUGCCGGUCUCUCAGCAGCAAUUGGUCUGCAACAGCAAGGCCAUGAAGUUCAUAUCUACGAACAAAGCCAGUUCGCCACAGAGACCGGCGCGGCCAUCCACGUUGCCCCCAAUGCGCAUGGUGUUCUCAAACGGUUAGGUGUUGAUGUGAGGGCGGGUGGUGCGAAUUUGAUGGAGAGGUUGACCGAAUACACAUCGACCGGAGUGGUGAAGCGAGAAAUAGACCUGCAAACCUCAAACCAGAUAUGGCAGCAUGAAUGGGUCCUCGCCCACCGAGUUCAUCUCCACGAAACACUCAAAAAGCUCGCCACCAGCACGGCUCUCCGUGGGAUCCCGGUUGAACUAAAUCUCUCAACAUCGGUGGUCGAUGUUGACCCUUCCUCAGCCAGCAUCACCUUGAAGGACGGCUCCGUGGUGCGGGGUGAUGUGGUUGUCGGCGCUGAUGGCGUGCAUUCUCAAACUCGUGCCGCGGUUGCGGGUGGUAAAGAAGCCAAGGUCUUCGGCUCUGGCAAAUCGGCGUUUCGAUUUAUGAUUGAACGCUCCGCUGCGCUUGAAGAUCCGGUUACCAAGAGGUUCGCCGAAAAGGACGGUCACUUGAUGAUCUGGUAUGCCACCGACCGACGGGUAGUCAUGUACCCUACCAGCCACAAUACGCUCCUGAACUUUGUCUGUAUUCACCCCGAAGAGGAAUCCGAGGCUUCCGAUGACUGGAACACGCACGCAACUCACGAUAUGCUCCUCAACGUGUAUCGGGACUUCGAUCCUGCAGUCCAAGCACUGAUCGCGAAAGCCAAACCAGACUCUCUGAAGUUGUGGAAACUCCUGGACAUGUCCACCUUGCCCACGUGGGUCAACGACCGCCUUGUCCUCAUCGGCGAUGCUGCCCAUCCUUUCCUCCCGCACCAAGGCCAGGGUGCAGGCUGUGCGAUUGAAGACGCCGCUGCUUUGACCGUCGUUCUCGAACGCGGCCUGUCGGCCAAAGACGUGCCGGCGCGUCUCAAAUUGUGGGAAUCCAUCCGCUAUGAGCGCGCCAGCCGAAUUCAGGGAUACUCGCGCUCGGCCGGGCGGGAUCUCAAGGACGGAGUCAAAUUGGACAUGAUCGAGUUCACCAAUUACAACUUCGGACAUGACGAGUUCGACAAUUCGACACAACGCCUUCGGGAGUUCAAAUGGUCGCAGACCCCCAAGAUCUACUGGCGAAUGCCGAUCCAGUUUGGGCCAAUGCCCGGUCCGCGCCAGACACACGAAGGCGUAGUACGCAACGCCCUCGAGUCCACAUUCACGACGGCGUCGAUCAAAUUUAAGACUUCGCGGACGGUGCUGCAGAAUCUAUUUCCGCCCGGAAAUAAGAAAUAUCGCUUCAAGUCGCCCGGGACAGUGGCGUACGCAUCCUUCUCGCAGACAACACUUGACAAAAUGGAAUGGCUUGGUGGUUCCGGAUACCACCACCUCGGGCUGUACAUCCACGGGGUAGAGUAUGUCAAAGACGACGGCGAAAUUGUCAGCGGCACAUACAUGCCCAUCUUAUUCGAAUCACUGACCGACCCCAUCGUCUCGGGUCGUGAAGAGUUGGGUAUGCCAAAACUCUACUCGGCCAUCGACGUGUAUCGGGGCACGCAGUCGUAUCGGAUCAACACCAGCUGGCAGGGAUCGCAUUGGGGAAAUUUCCGACUGGAAGGGUUGACACCGGUCACGGAUAUGAAGAACGUCACGGGCAAGAUCAGCGGAGAAGACGACGACGGCAUCUUGGUCUAUCGUUAUGUCCCCAAAGUCGGCAGAGCGAAUAAAGGCACAUCAGCCGAAGAACACGCCGUAUUUGUACCGUACAAGGAAGACAUGCCGCAGCCGGUGACGCAGAGGGUGUGGCAGGCCUGUAGGGCGACAUUCAAGAUCGAUGCGCUGGAUUGGGAUUGUUUACCAACGUUGCAUCAUGUUAUCGAGAGAUUGGAGGAGAUCCCGAUUUAUGAGGUGGUGGGUGGAAAGGUAGUUGAGGGAGUGGGCGUGCCGGAUGUGGGUGCCGCGAUGAGGGUAGAUUAA